AUGUCGGCCGUGGUGGCUCAACCCGUGGCCGUCCUCGGCUGCCGGCCGGGGGUCGCCAGCGGCGUCUGCUUUUUGGAGGAUCAGGUCGUGCUGCACGCGGUGGGGGCGGGCUGCGUCCAGCUCCACCUCAAGGAGAAGUGGCACAAGUUCAUCCCAGGCAUCGAGAAGACCCGAGGCAUGCAGGCGAUGGCCAUAAGCCCCGAUCGGCGGUACCUGGCCGCCGCAGAGACGGUAGCGGAUCAGCCGGUGCUGACGGUCUACGAUCUGUCGUCGGUGCCGGCGCGGCGGAGGAGGACCCUGUCCGCUGCCGAGCUGCCGGAGAGUAUAGCGGUGUCUCUGGCCUUCUCCCCCGACGGUCGGUACUUGGCCGCCGCCACGGCCCCCCCCAAGGGGCACCUCACCUACUGGCUCUGGGAGAAGCAGCGGCUGAUGGCUGCCGUCCGGCUCGAGGCCCCGGGUAGCAGCGUCUGCCAGGUGAGUUUUAGUCCUCAUGACAAUGCGCAGGUUUGUUUCACUGGAAAUGGCUUUUUCAAACUUUUUAAGUACAGUGAAGGAACUUUGAAGCAGAUGAAUUUAGAAAAGGGAAUGCCACAAAACUACUUGUGCCAUACCUGGCUGUCCAAGGAGGAAGUUAUAUGUGGCACUGACACAGGCAAACUUAUCUUGUUUGAAACUGGAAAUCUUCUCUGGGAGACAAGAGUAGAGUACAGAAAACCACACAGGGAAUUAGAAGAAGAUGCAACAACAGAAUAUGAGUGUUGUUCUGUUGGCUCCAGUGUUGAUAAUGGUUCACAACAGGAUUCUUUGCCUCAAAUAUCUGCAAUUGCAGCUUAUUCCAAAGGAUUUGCAUGUUCACCUAGCCCAGGAAUUGUUGUGCUCUUUGAGAAGACCAGGGGAAAGGAAUUCUGCGAGGAGAUUCAAGAAAUCUGGCUUCCUAAGGACCGGUUCAGCAGUGAUACAAAAAAGUCAGGCAGACAGAACAUUAUACAUAUAUGCUUCAGCCCCUCAGAGGAAACAAUGGUUGUUAACACACAUAAGAAUCAGCUUUAUGUGUUUACUAUGCUCACCACCGAUUUCAUGAAGGACAGGAUUGCUUAUUUUAAAUAUUUGACUUUCCCAUUGCAUUCUGCUUCCAUUACUGGUCUGGACAUCUGUGUUUGGAAAUCCAUUCUUGCCACUUGUUCCCUGGAUAGAUCUGUCCGCAUCUGGAAUUACCAGACAAACACUUUGGAGCUGUGUAAGGAAUACUGGGAGGAAGCAUACACAGUUUCACUUCAUCCCACUGGCCUUUUCUGUUUGGUUGGAUUUUCUGACAAACUACGAUUUAUAAGUCUACUGUAUGAGGACAUGCAUGUUUUCAAGGAGCUUGCUGUGAUAAAGUGUAGAGAGUGUUCAUUCAGUAGCAGAGGACAUCUUUUUGCUGCAGUUAAUGGAAAUGUGAUUGAAAUUUAUUCCAGCAUCACCUUUGAGAAUAUUAAUAAUCUGAAAGGACAUAGUGGGAAGAUACAUUCAGUUAAGUGGAGUGCAGAUGAUACUAAAAUUAUCUCCUGUGACACACAUGGUGCUGUGUAUGAGUGGAACUUGUCAACAGGUGAAAGGGAGACAGACUGUGUGCUCAAGUCCUGCAGGUACAGCAGCAUUGACCUGUCUUCUGAUGCCGAAGUCAUUUUUGCUGUUGGAUCUGACCAAACUCUCAAAGAAAUUUCAGAGUCUUCGAUCCAGCAUGAAGUGCCUGCUUUUGGUGUUGUUUAUACUGCAGUAGCUGUUUCUCAUUCUGGGCACAUGGUAUUUGUUGGUACGUCUCUGGGGACAAUUCGAGCUAUGAAGUACCCUUUACCUUUGACAAUGGAUUUCAAUGAGUAUCAGGCCCAUGCGGGUGCUGUUACAAAGAUGUCCAUAACAAAUGAUGACCAAUUUCUGUUGACUGCCUCAGAGGAUGGCUCUAUAUUUAUCUGGAAAGUAUAUGAGAAAGGUGAGAUAGUGAAAUGGCAGAAGGAAGCUGAGUAUGCUGAGGAAGUGUUGGUCCUGAGGUCAGAUAUAAAAGAGAAGAGUCAGGCAAUGCUGGACCUGCAGAUUCAUGUGAAAGAGCUACAGACAGAAAAUUGUUACCAGCUAAGUCUCAAGGACAUGUACUAUAAUGAAAAAAUAAAGGAAUUAGAAGAUAAUUUCACUCAGGAAAUAAGCUCCCUUAAAACCAAAUAUGAGAAUUUACAGACAGAGAAAGAAAACCAGGAACGACAACACCAGUUGCAAGUGUCUGAGCUGAUGGAUAAACAGGCCAGGGAGAUGCAAAAGCUAGAAUCUGACAGUAAUCAGAAACUCUUAAUGGAAAAUGAGAAAUACCAGGAGCUGGAUGAGAAAUCCCAAAAGAUGCAGCAGGAAUACGAGAAACAACUACACAGUCUAGAAGAAAGCAAAAGCAAGGCUGUGAAGGAACUAACAGAAUACUAUGAGGAAAAACUUAAUGAGAAAUCUGUUCUGCUGAAAGAGGCAGAGGAGGAUAUGAGGCAGCAGCUUCUAGCACAGGAAGAAAUUGAGAAACAAAUUUAUGAAGAUGAAGACCAAGAAAUCAUGGAAAUCAAAAUUAAGUAUGAGCAACAACUUUGGGAAGAAAAGGAGUCCAACAUGGAACUGAAAGGAGAAAUUGGAGUCAUGAAUAAAAGGUUGAACAGCCUACAGAAAGAGCUCAAGGAGCGGAACAGGUGCAUUGAGGAAAUGAAAUUGGCACAGCAGAAGCUGCAACACUUCACUAAGUCACUGGAAGAUGACAUCUUGUCACUGAAGAAAGAGAUUCAAGAGAGAACUGACACUAUCCAAGAGAAGGAGAAGCAUAUAUAUGACCUAAAAAAGAAAAACCAGGAACUGGAAAAGUGCAAGUUUGUGCUGGAUCACAGAAUAGCGGAGUUGAAGAAGCUAAUAGAGGUACAUGAAAAUGAUGUUAAUAUAAUGAAGAAGCAGAUCUAUGAGAUGGAGGGCGAGCUGGAACGAUUCCAGAAGGAGAGCACACAGUUGAAGCUGAACAUCACACAACUGCAACAGAAACUAAAGGCAACUGAUAAUGAGAUGCAUAGGGAAAGGCAGAAGAAGCAAAAUAUGGAAAUUCUCAUCAAACGAUUUAAAGCAGACCUUCAUAAUUGUGCGGGCUUCAUUCAAGAACCAAAGAAGCUGAGGAAUGGGAUCCGUGAGCUCUACACCAAGUACAUGCAAGAAUCAGACUUGGAGGAGAUUGAAAUAGCACAAAAAGAUUUGCAGCCCGAGUGCAUGAGACAGCGAGAGUAUUUCGAGAGGAAUUUGGCAGCUUUAAAAAAGAAGUUGGUGAAGAAUCAGGAAACCCACCAACGUGCUUAUAUGUGCAUUAUGCAGGAAAACAUGAGUCUGAUUAAGGAAAUUAAUGACUUGCGGCAAGAACUGAAGGCAGCCCUCACCCAGCUACAUCACCUCAAGUCAACACUAAAAUUAAUCAAGAAAAGAGAAGCAAUUCAAGACACAGCUCCCUCCAGUGAACCACUGCCCAGUCCAGCUGUCCUGAGGUUGAAUGCAGAAAAGGAAAAUGAGAAAAUCAUAGAAAUGCAGCAGCUAGAAAUUCAAUACCUGAGAAACCAAAUCCAGGAGAAGGGGCAAAGCCCUGCAGUUCAGCCCCUCUUAACCAGAAAUCUUCCUAAGCUGAAUCUGGAAGGAAGUCACGAGACACAGCAACAGUGAUCUAGUUCAAGGAUGUCUUACAUUAUUGUAUUAUCCUGUCAAGAUCAGAAAUGCAGAAGCAUAGGUUAGACUUCCAUGAUUCUAUACUCUUUCCACUAGAAGCAUUCAUGCAGCCCUCACUGCUCUGAACACAAGGCAACAACUUCACUCCUUCCUCUUCUACUUUCCUGGAAUCUUCCCUUUCCAUAAGGCCAAGGAGCCAAGAGAAAAAGAAUAAAUUUGUGUUAGUGCAUAACGGAUCUUUGAGCCUUCAUGCUAGGACAGGUAUGCACCUUCUCUUGAAAAAUAAUGUGUCCUAGUUCAGAAGAGCUGGUCAAACUCUGUAAACCUUUUCCGCUAGAAUUCUAAUUUGCUGUCGUUAUGCUGCAAAACUCAGUAUCAGCCUUUUAUUUUCCAGUAUUGAGUUGCUUAAGUCCACACAACAAACUGCUCACACUUAAGACAGAUGUCAGCGUUAUUCCAAGCAGGUAUCCAGUCACAGACUGAAAAUCAAUUACCUUGUGAGGGCAACCUUUGACUAGUGAUCAAGCACACCUGAGCUAGAGCCCUUGCUCAAGCCUCUGCCUCCUGUCUGGAGAUGCAUUGUCUCAUCUGUUACAGUCAUUUCAGCAGGACAAAAAGACAGCACAGCUUCAGACUCUGAAAUCUGGAAUAAAGUCCAAACCCUGCAUCACAACUCUUCUAUAACUUUGAUAAAUUAAUCUUUGCUUGUCUUCUUCCCAGCUUCUGCAAUCCCUUUAGUUCAGUUUUUCUGUGAAAUUCUUCUAAAAAGUCACCCUACAAAGUACUCAUAUAUAGCAAAAGGCAGGGAAUCAUUUAUUUAAUAGUGGGAGGAGAAAAGUACUUUUUUUUAUCCUUUGUUUCAGUGCAUAACACACUGUCUCACUGAGGAAUACUGCACAUACAUCAGAAGUUUAAGCUACUUAUUGAGCUUAAACUCUAUAAAUACCAUAUAUUGUUAUAAUACCACAGACGGAACUAUAUGGUAUUCUAAGAGCCAGUACAUUGCUGUUUCCAUUUCCUAAUCUGAAUUGUAAAGAAGUGACAAGUGCUUUCUAUGUUAAACAGAAGAUAGUGGUGCCAAUGCUGGAUAACACAUAAGCUAUAUUACCAUUAGUGACACCAGACACGUUUCUAGGCUAACACCAUGGUAAAACAGCCAGAUAGCUCCACAAGCUCCUGUGACCUGGGAGACUUCAGCUGAGUGCUUUGGCCAAGAAUGUGGAAUUAAGUUUCUUUAGUCUUACUUUUCCAAUUUUGCAGCUAUAACUGGUAUGGAGCAUGGGUUUCACAAGAACAAAAGGAAUGAAUGACAAUGGAAUUGGUCUGUUGAUGUGCUAACUUAACACCCUUUCUUCCUCCUCCCCUCCCCAUAUAAUCAUCUUGAUACUUCCUGUACAGAAAGAGGAUGUAAUUAAUGUAAUUAACAAAUAUUUUAGAAACUAGUUCCCUCUUAAAUUUUCAGAACACACCCAUUUUAAUUUGCUGGACUCCCAUGUGCUAUAAUUUUCCCCUCUCUCCAUCAGAAUAAAUUGAGUGGCAGAAGCCACUGCUUUAAUAGAUGUCUUUUAGAGAAAUGGAAUCAAUCUUCCUGAAAGAGAAGAAU